AUGCCACGCUACAGCCCAACGCCAGAAGUAUCCAAAGCGCAACUCUUACCCACCUGCCACUCGCCAUCCCGCGACACACGUAGUCACAAGAAGCACCAAGAAUCGCGUCGGCGCUCACGCUCUCCCCACGGCGACCGCGACAAUGACAACCACCGCUACAAGCGACGCCGCACUCGUUCACCUGUCGCAAAAACCGUCGCUCUCCCUUACAAGGCAAAACCGCUAACUAAGCGCGACUAUGAAGCGUACAAGCCAUUAUUCCAGUCGUACCUCGAUAUCCAAAAGCAGAUUCAGCUAGACGAGCUAGACGAGCGCGAAGCAAAAGGACGAUGGAAGAGCUUUGUCAGCCGAUGGAAUCGAGGCGACCUAGCCCGCAGCUGGUAUGAUCCCAGCAUGCUCAAGACAGCACAGGACACAGUAUCUUCGUACCGCACAACCACACGAGCAUCACCUGUCUACCUGUCCAAACAAGAAGAGACGACGACCGCCGCCAACGCCAACGCCGACGACAGCGAAGACGACGACUUCGGCCCAGCACCACCUCAACACCUCGCCCACCACUCCGGCCACGGUCCCACAAUCCCUAAAAUCGACGAUCUAACCCACCGCAACGAGCUCAUCGCCGACUCGGCCGCAGACGCCCAAUCCACCUCGCACAGCGCCCUACAACAAGCCCGCAAACAAGACCGCACGCUCCAAAAGGCGCGCCUAGAAGACCUCGUCCCGCGCGCCGACGCCGGUACCCGCGAACGCCAACUCGAGAAGAAGCGCGAAGUAAUCAGCACGCUACAGUCGUUCCGCGACGCCAAAGAAGCCGGGGAUGUGGAAGUAGCGGAAUCUGAUUUGAUGGGGGAUGACGGCGUGGAUUUGUACAAAAAGAAGAAGAAGGAGCAGGAGAGGCAGAAGAAUGAGAGGGAGAUACGCAGGGAGGAGAUUGCGAGGGCAAGAGAUGCGGAGAGGGAGGAGAGGUUGGCGGAGAGGAGGGAGAAGGAGGGGAAGACUAUGGAGUUUUUGAGACAGAUGGCUAGGGAGAGGUUUGGGUAG